AUGUUCAUUUUUAUUCGAGAAGGACAGGGAGGUGGAGGCGCCUGUAACAGAACGACUGUUGUACCAGAGAGAUCACCAAAACAGGUACAAGCUGCUAUAAAAAAGACAGUGGAAAAACAGAAGAAGCUUAUUGAAACUGGCAUGUCUGACACAUUAACCAAUGACAAAUCUGGUAAAGGAUGGAGACAGAGUUUAUCUAUUCCGUCCAGAGGAAGAGGAGUUGAGGAGGAGGAGGAGGAGGACGAGGUGGUGGUUGCUGAGACUGAGGAACCGCUAGAGAACAAGAAAUCUGACCUAACACCAAUUGUGGAUUCAGUGUUUGGCCAGGACAGGGAGCUUCGACCAGAAGAAAUAGAAGAACUGCAGGAGGCUUUUAAAGAGUUUGAUAAGAACAAAGGAUACAUCAGCUGUAGGGAUCUGGGCGAAUGCAUGAGGACCAUGGGAUACAUGCCAACAGAAAUGGAACUUAUUGAACUGAGUCAGGAAAUCGGUGGGGGUAAAAUUGACUUUGAGGACUUUGUGGAACUAAUGGGACCUAAAGUGCUUGCGGAAACAGCAGACAUGAUUGGAAUCAAAGAGCUAAAAGAUGCCUUCAAAGAGUUUGAUUCAAAUGGCGACGGGCAGAUCAGCCUUAGUGAACUUAGGGAGGCCAUGAAGAAACUGAUGGGUGAACAGCUGAAUCCGAGAGAUAUUGAUGAGAUCAUCCGAGAUGUGGACCUCAACGGAGAUGGUCAGGUGGACUUUGAAGAGUUUGUGAGAAUGAUGUCACGUUGACAGGACACCAUGAGUGAUCUUCUCUAAAUGAUCUGUUAUAUAGAAAUUAACUGUCUAAUUGUUAAUAUUUUUGCUAGGAUAAUUUAAAAUUG